AUGGAGAAUGUUGUCGACUGCCAAUUAAUGGAAGAAAAAAGCAAUGGAAAAUCUCUGUUUACGUUAAUUUACUUCAGCCACAACGCUCGUGACUUCAAGCACUACGACUUUGAAGCAGAAUCCGACAUGUCUGGUAAGUGCUGCGGUGCCUUUCUGGGUUGAUCCUUUGUGAAGCAUUGUAUAGGUACACCACUGUCCGUGCUGUAUUUACGCCCCUUGAAUGGUUAAUAGAUUAAACACACACAAAGUCAUCUGUCUUUUUUAAAAAGUCUUAGGUGAAUGGUACCAUUCAAAAGUUCUGUCGAAGAGGUUUAAUUUGAAUGGCAAUAUCAUACGAUUUUAUCCACAGGUAAAGGAGUUAGUCCCUCGCUAUAACUUGGUUUAGAUUGCAAAACCCACUCUGGAAUGGUUACUUUCUGUCUUUCAAACCUUUCAUUACGUAAGGCACCGUCUGAUUGGAUAGUUACGAAAGUCUGAUCUUAUGACGAGCCCCGUGACAAGCCGAUUGCGAAAGUUUCGCCAUGCGCCGUGCCUUUUGAUUGGCUAGAAGAAUCGACUUGAUCCCGUGAGAAGAGGGAGGUUUCCUGAGUGGCCAUAAUUUUUUAAAUAAUAAUAAUAAUAAUAACAAUAAUAAUAAUAAUAAUAAUAAUAAUAAUAAUGAUAAUAAUAAUAAUAAUAAUAACAUGUUUAAACAGGAUGACCAUUUCAGUUAUAAAAACUGCUAUCAAUAUGGGUCCUUUAUAAAAAUAAAUGAAUAAAUAGAUAUAAACUUAAUUAUAUACGAAACUGAGAUACAUUACAUAAUUAUAAUCAAUAAAAAAAGGUAGCCUCCUUAUGAACGAAACUAUAUACAAUCAUUAAAAAGGGUAGCCCCCUUAUAAAAAAGGCCCUCGUAGUCAACUCGAGAUUGACUUUAACCCUUUAAGCCCCAGUAUCCACAUACAAAUUCUCCAAACUGAUCUCCAUACAUUUCCUUAAAGAAUUAGUUGAGAGAAUUUGAUAAAAGAUCAAGGCAUUUUUACUUGGGUGAUCAUUUUAUUAAUUCUCAUAACUUAUCUGUUGACAAUGUAUGGAUAUUGUUAGGAGAAAAUUGAUCUUGGUCACUAUUGGGACUUAAAGGGCUAACAAUAGAUAACCUAUCCUUAGACCUAGUGUCAUAGUCAUGAAUAUCAUAAGUUCGCCAUUAAAGGGUUAACACUAUCCUAGCAGCCGAUUUCAGUAGUGUUUGUUGCAGUCAGUGAAAUCUCUGGUCUCGAGUUGUCUGAUGCCUCUGAACAAAACUUUUUUUUAUCAAAUCAUUUAGACUGUUCGCAGUUCCCUAUUUUCCCGUAAGAUCGUCGAGGUCGAGCGCCAUGCGUUGCGGGCAGACAUCAUGUACUGAGGGGACAGACGACGGGGUUUACUGCCCCCCGCCUCUAAGAAGAUUUUACUCCCAUCCCCAGACAGACUCGGAACAUUUGAAACCAAGUUGGCCACCUGUAACGCAAACCCGUUCGAUCUGGACGAUCCUACGGCAAAAGAGGGGACUGGGACUGUUAAACCACUUCAAAUCAUUUUCUGUGUCUAUUUGCUUGUAGGAGAGGUAGUCAAAAAGGUCAAUCACAUUAUCAGAUCCAAAAUAGGCGGAGUAAGGUCCGAAUACCUGGCUACGAAGGAGAAGAAACUCGAAAAAAGAAGGUCCUUUAAGUAUUAA